AUGUCUUUGCUACUUCGCUUGCAAUCAUGCAAAUACCUUAAAUCCACCCUCUACGAUUGGAUGGUUGAGCCGGUGGCAGACAUGUGGUAUCGUGAGGUGUUGCUGCUAUGUCCUAUGGAUGCCUUCGUACUCGACGUUGGGGUUGGCGGCGCCUCAAGCCUUAUUGCCAACCGUGACAUUAUCCGAAGCAAAGGACUCAAUGUGACGGGGGUUGUUUGCGACGCAGAAUAUGCACGCACGGCACAAGACGACAUCCUUAAGUAUGAGCUGGAAAACCAGGUGAACAUAGUAUAUUCUAGCAUUCUAGAGUACACCCCCCCGCAUGUUGCUCUCAUCUACUUUUCUGGUGGUUUUACGCUCAUUCCAAACAAGGUGGACAUGAUAAAGCGCUGUUGCCGGAUGCUUCAGGGGCCCGCGGCCAACGGUUCCUCGUGCACGGGAAAUGCGGAGGAUGAUGAUAGUGGCGCGCUGGUGUUCACACCAACCUUUGAGAAGCCAACCUUGUGGGGCCCAUACGUGUUACCCUUGCUGCGACGCGUGUUGAAGUUGCUGACGACUAUGGACUUUGGCGAGGCCACCUCUGAGGCGGACUUUUUGUCCUUGCUCAGGCAGUCAGAGCUGAGGGUGGUGUCUAUGCGGACGCUGAAGGAUUACUGGUUUUGCAAGCAUGUGAUGGUGGUUGCCAGGCCACUGAAGUGA